CACGAGGUUACACCUGGCAACCCAGAUCAGAACAGCGCUGAGCCACACAACGACUGUUUGCAGCUUGCUAUUUCUCCGUGUUCGUUUGCACAGUCAACAAAACAGCGGCGUUACAUAUACGGUGUGCUUCAGAAUUAUGUCGGCAAGUGACAACGACUCUGUCGACUUGGCCAGAACAGGCUCCCCAGUUCAUCACAGAAAAAAACACAGCAUGGAGUCAUCCAGAUCUCCCAGAAGCUCCAAACACCACCAUUCACGGUCAAGGUCACGCUCCAGGGAAAGAAAACGUGACAGAAAAAACAGACGGAGUCGCAGCAGGAGCAAAGAGGCACGAAAGAGGGACUCUGAGAAGCCAUCAAAAUCACACAGAAAAACAGAUGAGCAGCAAGAGCAAGAGAGACUUUCAGCAGAGAACGGAGAGGAGCGAUCCAGACGCAAAGACAGGAAGCUCUCCAAGGGCCGGAGCUUGUCCAGGUCACACUCACGAGAGAGGCGGCAUCACAGCAGAAGUCGGGACAAACGGCGAUCACGGUCACGCAGCCGGGACAGGAAGAAGAAGGCUAGGUCUCGCUCAGGUUCAAGGACCAAACACCGUCAUCAUAGCAAGAGUCGCAGUAAGAGCAGGGAGCGAAAGAAAAGGACUGAGAAAGUGCGAAGAAAGAGUCGAAGCAGGUCUGUUAAUCCACCUGCCUUUCGAGGCCGAAACACAGCUAUGGAUGCGCAAGAGGCCCUGGCCAGAAGGCUGGAGAGAGCCAAGAAACUACAGGAACAGAAAGAGAAGGAAAUGUUGGAGAAACAGCAGCAGCAACAGCAGGAAAUAGCUGCAGUAGCUGCCCCCAUCGCUGCUGCUGCUGCUGCUGCAGCAGCUGCCUCAAACCCCGCCCUCAAUGUGGCAGCACUCCUGGCCUCUGGGACACAGGUCACACCUCAGAUUGCCAUGGCGGCACAAAUGGCAGCCCUUCAAGCAAAAACACUGGCAGAGACUGGUAUUGCUGUGCCCAGCUACUACAACCCUUCUGCUGUAAACCCCAUGAAGUUUGCAGAACAGGAGAAAAAGAGAAAAAUGCUAUGGCAGGGAAAGAAGGAUGGGGACAAGUCCCAGACAGCUGAGUUGUGGGAGAAGCUAAACUUUGGAAACAAGGACCAAAAUGUUAAAUUUCGCAAACUAAUGGGUAUUAAAGGAGAUGAGGAUGUCGAAGCUUCCAAACCACUUAAUGAUGAUGGCUUGAAGACUCUUCAAAAACAGGAGGAGAUGUUUAGGAACCUUGACGUUCAGUAUGAAAUGGCUCGGUCUCAGACACACACCCAGAGGGGAAUGGGGCUUGGCUUCUCCUCCUCAUUCUCUCGUGGAAUGGAUUCUAUCUAGUGCCAAACCUUGACUGUCAGUGCCACUCAUCUGAUCAUAUUGGACUACCAAUUCAUCGCUAGCCCUCAAGCUUGCAUGGAUGUUGCUCUGAAUCUGUAAUUUAUUUAUAGACAAACAUCUCACUUAUUGGAACAUUAUAAUGUAAAUACUCAGAUGCUGAGUUUGUCUCAGUGUUGAUUAAUCUGUACAUCUUUGAAAAAGGAAGCAUCAAUUUCACAGGAGGUUGAUGCUGGUUAAAAUUAGAUAGUUGUUUUGAAUAAUGUGAUAGCUUUUUUUUUUUUUUAAACUUAAAUAUAUAUAUUGAUAUGUGAUUGUUUGAACAUAAACUGAUUAUAAUGUGGUUCAAGUGAACACUGUUUACAUCCAUUUAGCAAAAGGCAUCUGAAGUCAAUGUCAUUAUCAGAAUCCCUUAGUUUCAUUUCUCCUGAUUGGGAAAAACAAAACAGUGGGCUGUAAUACAUAUUGUCUAGAGGAUUGCCAUGGACAGAGAUGGGCCCAAGAAGAGUAAUCACAUAUUUCAAAUAUUCUUGAAAUAAAUUAAUUUUGUGUUGCGUAAGAUUUUACAUAUCUCACUGAAUAAUUUUUUAUUUCAUGUGAUAUCUAUGUGGGUCAUUUUGCUUCACAUAAAGUUAGUGCUUUGCAUUGGCGUGGUGUUACAGAAUAACUGGGAUUUUGGAACCUCAAUCCUACUUUCCCAUGUUUUUUGGUGUAAAUAAUUCAUAUGAACAAAAAUCUUUGCAGUCCGUCCACUAUUAAGCAAGAACAGUAUACCUGGAACUGCUGAACAGCUGCUGCAGUGUAAUCAAAUGGUGCAUUUGUCCAUGUCGAAGUACGUCCCAAAGAACUUUUUUUUUUCCACUGACUGGUUCAGAUUGUUUUAAGUGUUCGACAACGUAAUUGAUUGGAUUCCUUACAGAGACUGACCUUUUUAUUAAAGUGUAAGAUCCUUUUUGUUUAACCAGAAACAAUCAUAUUGCUCUGUUCAAAGUCACCAGACU